AUGAUGGAGCCGCGUGAUUUCAUUUGGACUGAAAAUUUAUAUAUGACUGGAAAGUCUGGACAUGCCCCACAAUAUCAGCUCAGAAGUCCAGUCGACUUGUUUCAGUCUGGGAACAUUGUGAAAAUAUGUGCUCCUAUGGUUAGAUACUCAAAACUGGCUUUCAGAACUUUAGUCAGGAAAUAUAACUGUGACCUAUGCUACACUCCAAUGAUAAUAGCAGCUGAUUUUGUCAGAUCUGUGAAAGCUAGGCACAGUGAAUUCACAACACAUCAGGGCGAUCGCCCUCUGAUUGUUCAGUUUGCUGCAAAAGAAGCUCAAGUUCUAGCAGAUGCUGCCUGCAUCGUCAGUCCUUUUGCAGAUGGCAUAGACAUAAACUGUGGCUGUCCACAGAGAUGGGCUAUGGCAGAGGGUUAUGGUGCUUGCUUAAUAAAUAGACCAGAAGCAGUGAAAGAGAUGGUGAAACAAGUAAGAAAUCAGGUGGAAAAUCCUACAUUUUCAGUAUCUGUAAAGAUAAGGAUUCAUGAUGACCUACAAAGAACUGUAGACCUCUGUCAAAAAGCUGAAGCAGCUGGAGUAUCCUGGAUUACAGUCCAUGGGAGAAAUGUAGAAGAGCGGCACCAGCCGGUUCACUAUGAUGCAAUUAAAAUAAUCAAGCAAAGUGUGUCUGUACCUGUUGUAGCUAAUGGUGACAUGAAAUCUUUAAAAGAUGUGGAGAACAUUCAUCAAAUAACAAGAACAGACGGUGUCAUGGUUGCUAGGGGGCUCUUAGCCAAUCCAGCCAUGUUCGCAGGAUAUGAAGAAACUCCUCUAAAGUGCAUCCAGGACUGGGUUAAUAUUGCUCUUGAACAUGGGACUCCUUUUAUGUGUUUUCAUCACCAUUUGAUGUACAUGAUGGAAAGAAUUACUUCAAAGCAAGAAAAGAAAUUUUUUAAUGUUUUAUCAAGCACAUCUGCUGUUGUAGACUAUCUUAGAGAAAACUAUGGACUGCAGUAACAAUUUUUAAACUUGUGUGAUAAUU